GUAGGCCUAGUUUCCAGGCCGCGGUCGCGGUUGCAAAGGGAUGGAACCUCUGCGUGUCUUGGAGCUCUACAGUGGCAUUGGUGGCAUGCACCACGCGCUGCGAGAAAGUGGUAUCCCUGCACUCGUGGUGGCUGCUAUUGAUGUGAAUACUGUUGCUAAUGAAGUGUACAAGCAUAAUUUUCCUCACACACACUUGCUGGCAAAGACAAUUGAGGGUAUUUCACUGGAAGAGUUUGACAAACUGUCUUUCAAUAUGAUUUUAAUGAGCCCUCCAUGUCAGCCAUUCACAAGAAUUGGCCUACAGGGAGAUAUGACUGAUCCAAGGACAAAUAGCUUCUUAUAUAUUCUAGAUAUUCUCCCAAGAUUACAAAAAUUACCCAAGUAUAUUCUUCUAGAAAAUGUUAAAGGUUUUGAAGUAUCAUCUACAAGAGGGCUGCUGAUACAAACGAUAGAAGCGUGUGGCUUUCAGCAUCAAGAGUUUCUGUUAUCUCCUUCCUCUCUUGGUGUUCCAAACUCAAGGCUACGGUAUUUUCUCAUUGCAAAGCGGCAGUCGGAGCCUUUCCCUUUUCAGGCCCCUGGUCAGAUACUGAUGGAGUUUCCUAAAAUUGCAACUAUACAGCCACAAAACUCCGCAGCAGUUGCAGCAGAUACAUUAGGAGUGCAGAGGAGUGAACCAAGUGUCUGCUCGGACAGCAGCAGCACACGGUGUUCUGGCAAAGACGCCAUCCUUUUUAAGCUUGAAACUGCAGAGGAGAUUGAGAGGAAAGCCCGGCAGGACAGUGACCUCUCUGUGCAGAUGCUGAGAGAUUUUCUUGAAGAUGAUGACACAAAUCAGUGCUUUUUACCCCCAAAGUUAUUGCUGCGAUAUGCUCUUUUAUUGGACAUCGUCAAACCCACUUCCAGAAGGUCCAUGUGCUUUACCAAAGGGUACGGAAGCUACGUUGAAGGGACAGGCUCAGUGUUACAGACUGCAGAGGAUGUGCAGAUUGAGAAUAUCUUCAAAUCUCUUAAUGAUUUGCCACAAGAAGAAAAGAUAGCUAAGUUGUCAAUGCUUAAACUGCGAUAUUUCACCCCUAGAGAAAUCGCAAACCUCCAGGGAUUUCCUCCAGAAUUCGUCAUGUCCAGAUGCUCCCAUAGAACACGACACAACCGUCCUUGAUGUGUGCUUCCAACAUAGGCUGUGGGUGCAAACUGGACAUUGAUCCAUUGUCUCCUGCAGUGAUGGGUUCAUAGUGACCUUUCUGUUCAUCUGUCCUGGUGUCUUGUGACUGACGACUUGCGUGUCUGUGACUAGGUGGCUUUAGGAGAGAGACACUGACCUUUAUUGGGAGAAAGCUGCUGUCUUGACCUUGUACAUUCUGGGUGGUUUUGUUUUUGAAGAUUGUCAUUACUUUAAUAUAUCUAGGUUUUUUAAAAUCAUCUUUUAACUUAAAAACUAUUUAAUUUCCCCAUCACUUAGUUUAGACUUUAAUAUCUAUAUAAAAUAAAAUUCUGUUUCUCAACUUCCCUUUCCCUUUCAUGUAGUUAUUAGAGAAAUGUAAGUGGAACCACUGUAAACUACUCCUCUAGAGUAAAAUGAAACAGUGUUAAUGCCUGCAAACAUUAAACUCAGAUAUGACUCAGCAGUUUCACCUCUAGAUACAUAGCCAAGAAAAGAUUCCUGUAACAUGUAUAUAUUAUUACGUAUAAUAAAUAUCCCAAAGUGAAACAACUCAAAUGUUUACCAGUAAAUGAAUGAAUAAGCAAAAUAUGUCUUCUCCAUUAAAAAUAUUAUUAAGUAAUAGAAAGUAAGUACAAACUUUUGCUAUAAUGUGAAUGAAUUAUUAUAACUGUAAAGAGAUAGACAUAGAACAUAUCCCUUGAUUCCAUGUAUAUGAAAUUAAAAUAGCCAGAUCUGUAAUAGCAUCAAAAAGUAGUGGUUGAGGGAAGACACAGACAAGGAGCAGAUACUGACUGGUUGCUGAUAGGUACAAGGUAUUUUUAUUUUGAAGCAAUGGAAAUGAAGAUGUUUGAGAACUCUAUCCUAAAAUGCAUGAGGCAUAUAUUUAAGGUAAAUUUUAUGAUAUGUGAAGUAGAGCUCCAUAAAAGUGUUGUUUAAAAAAAAAUCUACCAAGAAAAAUAGUAGCAACCAUUUUUCCAAAGUGUAAUAACACGUUUCUGUGAACUCGUGAGUAUGUGUUUGUAUUAACCAUACUCUGAUAUUACAUAAUUGUGUUAUACAGCACCUUGUAGAACAUUAUAGCAUGAUGUUAUACAGUAUUCAGGCCUCCAAAUUCUCAUUUAUUUGUAAAAUUUCAUGGUCAUAUUAGCUAUCUAGCAUCUUUUGUGUUUAGUUAGGGGUAUAAUUUCUUGGCAGUGUGUCCUUAGGCAAUUUCAUGUGUGAGCACCCUCGAGUAUGCUUCCACAAACACAAGUGCAGCAUCACAAAGUGAUACAUUGUUUAGGUCCUCCAUCAUGCAUAGGGCCUUCAUUAACCAUGACACUGCCAAGAAGACAUGAAUGUGUUUAUAAAAUGAACAUUGGGCCUUUACUAAAGGUAUCUUUUACUUCUGGAAACUAGGAUUGCAAGUGACUGUAUUAUAAAUGCCACCUCUGUUUUCUAGGAUUUCCUGAGAAGUUAACAGUGAAACAGUGUUACCGUCUCCUUGGCAACAGCCUCAAUGUGCAUGUA